UAGUGAUGGUCAACCAUGCAUGUAGUGGGUGUGGUCAACGGUUCAAUAUUCUUAAUGAUUCUUGCUUCUCAUGACCCUGUUCCCAGAAAUUUCGCACCACAAAGUCAACAUCAAAUCCUUGUGAAAAUAGUUUCUCUUCAGGAAGUGGGUUUAUAGAGCCCACAUAAGGUGGUGUCUUGUCUUGAUAAGUAUUCAUCUUUUUUCUAGCAAUACAUUGACUUGCCCCAUUUUUUUUCUUCCAUGUUCAACAUGGCUUCCCUCACUCUCAUUUCUGUUUUUUCUCUGUUGAUGCUAAGAUUCUGUUCUUUGAUUUAUGCUCAGCAGCCUUAUGUUGGAAAAGCUACAACAGAUUGCGACAACAUAGGUAUUUCAAAUUCAAAUUCUGUGCUUGGGUACUCCUGUAAUGGCCUAAUCAGGAAUUGCCCAGCUUACCUUAUCUUCAGAUCUCAGCCUCCUUUCAACACAGUUGUUUCCAUCUCUACACUCUUGAACUCUGACCCAUCUCACCUCUCUCAAAUAAAUUCAGUUCCUGAGAGUGCCACGUUCGAAUCAAAUAAGUUGGUUAUAGUUCCUGUCAACUGCUCUUGUUCAGGUCAGUAUUACCAGGCAAACACUUCUUACGUUAUUCAGCAUGAUAAUACCCAUUUCGUUAUAGCAAAUAAUACCUUUCAAGGCUUGUCAACUUGUCAAGCUCUCAAGGAACAAAACAGGAUUCUUACUAAGAAUUUAUACUCUGGUACAAGAAUCACUGUUCCUCUGAGAUGUGCCUGUCCCACGAAGAACCAAUCUGAUGUCAAUCUCCAUUAUUUAUUGAGCUACGUAGUCACUUGGCGUGAUACUAUUUCUGGUAUUAGUGCAAGAUUUGGUGCCGAUACUGGGAGGACUCUUGAAGCUAAUCGGCUUUCCGAGCAAGCACCUACCAUUUAUCCCUUCACUACAGUACUAGUGCCUUUACAAAAUUUGCCAUCAGAUACUCAAACAAUAGAGCCACCACCACCUCCAUCUUCGCCUCCACCUCCGUCUCCAUCUCCUAACUCUUCCUCCAAUGAAAGCUCAAAGAAAAAUUGGAUUUAUGCCAUUGUAGGGAUUCUUGCAGGAAUUGCUCUUACAUUGAUCUUUGGUACCAUUAUUUUCUUUGUAAUUUUUUGUCGAAGUAAGAAAGAGCCUGAGUCAAUUAUCGUCCCAAAGGUCGUUGAGGAACGUGAAAGACCAUUAAACAAGAAGUUGGAUGAAGAAUCUCAGGACUUCUUGGACAGUAUGUCUAGUAUAGCUCAAUCUCUGGAAGUGUACAAUUUUAAAGAACUUCAAUCUGCAACUGAUAAUUUCAGCCCCAGUUGUUUGAUUAAAGGAUCUGUUUAUCGCGGCACAAUAAAUGGUGAUUUUGCUGCCAUUAAGAAAAUGAACGGAGAUGUGUCGAAGGAGAUAAAUUUAUUGAACAAGAUCAAUCAUUCUAGUCUAAUCCGCCUAUCUGGCAUUUGUUUCAAUGAUGGGAAUUGGUAUUUGGUUUAUGAGUUUGCUGACAAUGGACCCUUGAGUGACUGGAUUUAUGACAACAAGAAUGAAGGGAAGGUUUUGAAUUGGGCACAAAGAAUACAAAUUGCAUUGGAUGUGGCCACAGGUCUUAACUAUCUGCAUAGCUUCACCAGCCCUCCUCAUGUUCACCAGGAUAUCAAUAGCAGUAAUAUCCUACUUGACAGUGAUUUUAGGGCUAAAAUAGCAAACUUUGCUCUAGCAAGGUCGACAGAGGGGAAGGAAGGUGAGUUUGCCUUGACAAGGCACAUUGUAGGGACUAAAGGUUUUAUGGCUCCCGAGUAUUUGGAAAACGGUCUGGUUUCCACAAAGCUUGAUGUCUAUGCAUUUGGAGUUCUGAUGCUGGAGAUACUCACUGGGAAAGAGGCUGCUGCAUUGAAUGGAGAAGAGAAUAUGUAUUUAUCAGAUGCCUUGGAUGUUGUGCUUAAAGAUGGACAAGAGAAUUUGCGGCACUUCGUAGAUCACUCUAUGCAAGGGAACUAUCCUUCAGAACUUGCUAUAAUUGUGAUCACAAUGACCGAAAGUUGCUUGAAGAAAAAUCCUACUCAUCGCCCAGCCAUGGAUGAAAUAGUGCAGUCUCUUUCGACAAUCUUGAACGCUUCACUGACUUGGGAAUUGUCAAACACCGUCUCACGCUAGACGCUACUAGAUUGUAGUUGGAGCUCUUCAGGGAAAAAACACCAAGCCACCUCCUCAUCCAAACAGGACCAAGCCCAGGUGACAACCAGCACAUCUUCAUCCAACAAUUUCUGAGUAUUUCAAAUCCCACAACCAGAGGUUCUGGCAAAAGUCUUAGAAGGCAGCGGCUGUGACCUCAAGCAAGGCCGCCGUUGUGGUCUUCUGAGGCCAACCCAAGACCUCUCGUAGUGCAUCUGGGC